CAAUGGUAAUUGAAAUACACCACCCUGGUUUUCAAUCUCCUUUGCUGCUUCUGGUAUCGCGUUCCAUAACUUCAAUACAACACCACAGGUAGGCAGACAGAGAGAAACAGCGAGAGAGGGCGAGAGAGAGAGAGGAAUUUUCUAUAUAUGUCAGACUAUUAGGUUUAUACAUUUUACCAAUUUUUUCCCCCUGUUUAUGCUUUAUUUAUCUUCAUUUUAUUUCCUUUACACUUUUUUAUUUUAUUUUUUGGGUUAGUUCCCUCCCUCUCUCUAAUCAAUUGGGGAAAAACGGUGCUCAUUAGGGUUUAUCAAUCCAAGAUCAAAAUCGAGCUUUGGUUUCUCGGGUUAUAUAUUCUCUCACUUUCUCAGAUCUCUGCGAUCGUGUCCUCCAUGUAAGUUAUUUUCCCUUCGAUUUUUCGUUUGUGGCUGAUUUCACGUUUAUUCCAGUCAAGAAUCUUAUGUAUUAUGAAAUUGCAGAAGUUGUGGCUUCUAUUGAUGGGGCAUUGCAUGUAUCGGUUACCUAUACUUUAGGGUUUGUUUUAAGCCGAUUGGGCUCGAAAUUGAUGAUUUAGGGAAAUGCCUACCUUUUUGAGUUGUUUCAAGGUGAAAAUUUGUUGAGAUAGAUUUGGGUUUAGGGUUUGGUUUUAAGGGGUUUUUUGUAGAUAUGAUCAAGCAGAUAUUGGGUAAGCUACCUCGGAAACCCUCAAAAUCAUCUAACAAUGACUCCAACAUUGAUACCGGGGUCAAUGGUCCAUAUCUGAACUCAUCUCAAGGACCCAAUUCCGUAAACAGCUCGAAAUCGACUACAGCUUCUUCAAAGUCUGGGAAUUCGGCUACAGGUGCGCGUUUGAACAAUGGGAGUCUUUCAUCCAAUUCAUUGGGUGCAAACAAAUUGAAUCAGGGGAAGAAAGCUACUCCUAUUGCCACCCAAGCCAGUCCCAUGAUGGCUUCAGGCGUCUAUGAGGCAUUGCCGGGCUUUCGGGAUGUCCCAAGCUCAGAAAAGCAGAAUCUUUUCACCAGAAAGUUGAAUAUGUGUUGUGUUGUAUUUGAUUUUAGUGAUCCGUCCAAGAAUCUUAAAGAGAAAGACAUUAAGCGGCAAACUUUGCUUGAGCUGGUUGAUUAUGUUUCAUCUGUGACAUCGAAAUUCAGUGAGGUGGCAAUGCAGGAACUGACAAGGAUGGUGGCAGCCAAUUUAUUUCGAACUUUUCCAGCUCCGAAUCAUGAUAACAAGAUUUUGGAUAUUUAUGACCCGGAAGAAGAUGAGCCAACUAUGGAGCCAGCAUGGUCCCAUUUACAGGUUGUGUAUGAAUUGCUGCUUAGGUUUGUGGCUUCACCAGAGACUGAUGCCAAGCUUGCUAAAAGAUACAUUGACCAUUCAUUUGUAUUGAGAUUACUUGACUUGUUUGAUUCGGAGGACCAAAGAGAAAGGGAGUAUUUAAAGACGAUUCUCCACCGAAUCUAUGGAAAGUUUAUGGUACAUCGACCAUUCAUAAGGAAGGCCAUCAACCACAUCUUCUACCGUUUCAUUUUCGAAACAGAGAGACAUAAUGGAAUUGCAGAAUUACUUGAGAUAUUGGGCAGCAUAAUCAAUGGGUUUGCUUUGCCAUUGAAGGAAGAGCACAAACUGUUCCUUGUCCGUGCCUUAAUUCCUCUUCACAAGCCCAAGUGUGUAUCAAUGUACCAUCAGCAACUUUCUUAUUGUAUCACUCAAUUCGUGGAGAAAGAUUUCAAGUUGGCUGAUACUGUUAUACGAGGCCUUUUGAAGUACUGGCCCAUAAUUAAUAGUUCCAAGGAGGUGAUGUACCUUGGUGAAUUGGAGGAGGUUCUGGAAGCCACGCAAGCAGCAGAGUUUCAACGCUGCAUGGUCCCUCUAUUCCGUCGAAUUGCCUGUUGCCUCAACAGCUCUCAUUUUCAGGUAGCAGAACGUGCAUUGUUUUUGUGGAACAAUGAUCACAUAAGAAAUUUGAUAACACAGAAUCGCAAAGUUAUACUGCCCAUAGUAUUUCCAGCCCUGGAGAGGAAUACGCGGAGUCAUUGGAACCAAGCAGUUCAGAGUUUGACCCUCAAUGUGAGGAAGAUAUUCUUGGAUGCUGAUCAAGCACUGUUUGAUGAGUGUUUGGUUAGAUACCAAGAGGAUGAAGCCCAGGAGAAUGGGAGACAGGAGAAGCGGGAAUCAAUCUGGAAGCGCUUGGAGGAUGUCGCAGCUAGAAAUGCAGUAAGCAAUGAGGCAGUGCUUGUCUCUAGGUUUCCCACUUUUGCCAUUGCAACGAGCACAAGUCCAAGAGCUACUGUUGGAAGUUGAGAGCCUUGGCACAUGAUGAUUGUUGUAGUAUACCUUCUCAGCUGUUGUUGAAAGAGAGAGGUAGCGAUCCUAACGGUGCAAGUGGGGAUUGUCUGCCUCUUCUUUGGUCGCUCGUUCAUACUUGCACUUGCUUAAUGGAAAAAGCUGAAGUUGGAGCUGUUGAUAUUGGUUUGCUCCCAUUUUGGGUUCUGGGUUCUGGAUUCAUUCAUUUUACCCCGCCCUUCUUCGUUGUUAUGCUUUGGAAGUGUAGUUGCUUGUAUUAUAAGGGGUUUGGUUUAUAUAGCUAAUAUACUUGGUUGGAUUUCCUCCGAACUUUAUUUUCUGUUCUGCAAAGAGAUCCUUCAAUUUUUAUUCUUUAGCCUCGAAUGAUUCUAGUCCUCGAACCGAUGCUAUUUAAUGCAUGUAUAUAUGCCUACCAUGUUGUGGUC